GUUUGUGCCGCUGGUACUUUUCACACCGGCUUGCUUUUCUCUGUUACUCCGCACCGUUUUCUGACAGUCAUCAAAGCGUGGAAUCAUCAUGGUGCUCGAUUUAGACCAAUUUCGAACCGAUAAAGGCGGUGAUCCUGAAGUAAUCAGAGAAACUCAAAGAAAAAGGUUCAAAGAUGUGUCACUUGUGGAUAAACUAGUACACGCAGACACCGAAUGGAGAAAAUGUCGUUUCACUGCCGACAACCUCAACAAGGCAAAGAAUUUAUGCAGCAAGACAGUUGGAGAGAAAAUGAAGAAGAGGGAGCCAGUUGGGGAUGACGAUGAUUCUGUCCCAGACGACGCCCAGAACUUGGAGGCCCUAACGGCAGACACACUAUCGCCCCUCACGGUCACCCAGAUCAAGAAGGUCCGUCUGCUUGUAGAUGAGGCAGUGCAGAAAUCUGACGGUGAGAGGGUAAAGCUGGAGGAAGAGCGCUUUCAAUACCUGCGAGAGAUCGGGAACCUCCUGCAUCCAUCUGUGCCCAUCAGUAAUGAUGAGGAUGCUGAUAACAAAGUGGAGCGCACUUGGGGAGACUGUACUGUGCAGAAGAAGUAUUCCCACGUAGACCUGGUAGUCAUGAUCGACGGCUACGACGGAGAGAAAGGAGCUAUAGUGGCUGGGAGCCGUGGCUACUUCCUCAAAGGGCCGCUAGUUUUCCUGGAGCAGGCAUUGAUCAAUUAUGCUCUGCGGAUGCUCCACAGCAAGAACUACCAAAUGCUCUACACCCCCUUCUUCAUGAGGAAAGAGGUCAUGCAGGAGGUGGCUCAGCUCAGCCAGUUUGAUGAUGAACUUUACAAGGUGAUUGGGAAGAGCAGUGAGAAAUCUGAGGACACGGCCAUAGAUGAGAAGUACCUGAUUGCCACCUCAGAGCAGCCCAUCGCAGCCUUCCUGAGAGACGAGUGGCUGAAGCCAGAGGAUCUGCCAAUGCGCUACGCCGGCCUCUCCACCUGCUUCAGACAGGAAGUGGGUUCCCACGGGCGUGACACCCGAGGCAUCUUCAGGGUGCACCAGUUUGAGAAGAUAGAGCAGUUUGUUUUUGCCUCGCCUCAUGACAACAAGUCCUGGGAGAUGAUGGAUGAGAUGAUUGGGACGGCUGAAGAGUUCUACCAGACACUAGGGAUCCCCUACCGCAUCAUCAACAUAGUCUCAGGUGCUCUGAACCAUGCAGCCAGUAAGAAGCUGGACUUGGAGGCCUGGUUCCCAGGCUCCGCAGCCUUCAGAGAACUGGUCUCCUGCUCCAACUGUUUAGACUACCAGGCCCGUCGGCUGCGUAUCCGCUACGGACAGACCAAAAAGAUGAUGGACAAGACUGACUAUGUGCACAUGCUCAACGCAACCAUGUGUGCCACCACACGUGUAAUGUGUGCUAUCCUGGAGACGUACCAGACCGAAGAGGGUGUCAUAAUUCCAGAGGUACUCCGGAAUUUCAUGCCUCCAGGUAUGACAGAGAUGCUGAAGUUUGUGAAGCCUGCGCCUAUUGACGUGGAGACGUCCAAGAAGCAGAAGAAGCAGCAGGAUGGAGGGAAGAAGAAGAAACAGGGAGGUGGAGACCAGCUCCAGAACCAAGUGGAGAACAUGUCUGUCAACGAUUCUUAGACACCAUCAUCAUUCCUAUCCUUAAGUUCCCGUCACUUUGUCCUACUGUAGAACCAGAGUACUUUGGAAAAGGAAAAGGCCAUUGGCGUUGUUAGGGAAACAGCUUGGGGGUAAUGUUGGGUCUGCUGCAUGCAAUUAUCGCCACUAAGAUCCAAACCAAAUCUAUCAAGUCUGGACUCUGGAAUUCUGUGAAAUUUCGUUUGAAGCAAACUUGCGACAUCUUGUAUAUAAGGUGCUUUAAGAAAUAGGGUUGCUUUGAUGUUCUGAACUCUAUUUUAAUUAUCUUAUUGCAUAUCGCCAUAAAUCACACAUGUAAUCUGGACAUUGUUGCUUGCCUUGAGGACAUUUGCUUCUAAUUACGUCUGUAUGUACUAAUUUAAGACGAGGCAUUGAUAAAGUGGUGCGCUGUAACGAUACAAAAUCUGAACGACACUUUCCUGAUGUUUUUUUCUUCUCCCUCCGAUGAUCUGAGAGAUGUCAGUGCCUGCAAUAGCAAUACCUGCAAAACAGUCAGAUAGCGUCUGAACUGAAGGUUAUUCGAUUAAUGCUAUUAAGUGAGAAGUUCAUUUUGGUUAGUAAUUUACCUCCCGAUACUUUACACACAAAGCAAGCUCGCCACCUGACGUCAACAGUGCUAAAAUAGUGUGGAGUUAUUUAAAAGGGUUAAGAUCCCAAAUUUAACAGAGUUGUAUUAUUGCGUAACAGGGCCUUUACACGUCAUUUACACCCAGGGAUCAUGAACCAGUUGAUUUAGUGGUGUAACAUCCUGAAACCCUAAACUUUCAUAUGUUGUUCCAGGAGCACAGCCGUGCCAAAUAUGAGUGAUAUCGGACAAUAAUGAAAGCAGAGUGCACACUAUUAGAGGUUUUCAUACAUGACAACUGACUUCAAAACAGCGUGCAUAAUAUUUUUCCUAAUGUAAUACAUAUAUAUUAGUAACUCUGUAUUGUUAUUGAGGAUGGGAGGGGAAAAAAUCUUGAUUGAUUUUGUGAAUGUUCUUGGCCUCUUGACUGGCUUUUUUUUGGUCUAAGUUUCUGUGGCGUUAAGGUGGUCCAUCCUGAGGGCAUGCCAAUUUGAAUGAAGCUGUCCAGAUGUCAGAUGACUAGUGUGUCAUUGAAGUACUGUUAGUAUGAUUGUUUGGUUUUGUCGAUAAUAGAUUAAAAAAAUUCAAGGCUCAUGAAAGAAGCAA